ACACAAGUUCGCCUUAGCGUAGAAAAUCAAUGGCAACGACUAUAACAAUAAGUGUUCGGCUGUCGCCAAAAGAAGUGCUCCAGUAGUUAUACAUUUUGAACGUUCAAGAUGUUGUCCACCAUCUUCACUGCCGCGGUAGCCUUUGCCGGCACCGCUCUCGCGCAAAGCGAUAUCCCUCUGUCUCCGGCCCUUCAAAACAUCGUCAACAACUCCAGCUACAGCUCAUAUCCUACGCAGCUCACGCAGGGCAUCAUCCCAAAGCCAUUGCACUCUCACAACGACUACUGGCGUCCCCAACCAUUCUACUCCGCUCUGUCAGUGGGAGCCGUCUCCGUCGAGGCCGACGUUUGGCUCUACAACGGCACGCUAUACAUCGGCCAUGAGACCAGCGCUCUCACUCCCAGCCGCACAUUCGACGGCCUUUACAUCCAACAGAUCCUGAGCGUCCUCCGCGCCCAGAACCCGAACUCCAGCUUCGUGACAGGCACUACCAAGAACGGGGUGUUCGACACCGCUUCCGGCCAGACCCUCUACCUCUUCGUCGACGUCAAGACUGAUGGCCCGACCACAUGGCCAUACGUCGUCCGCGCCCUUCAGCCGCUGCGCUCGGCGGGCUACCUGACUUAUUUCAACGGUACCGCCGUUGUCCCUGGCCCAGUGACCGUUAUCGGCACCGGCAACACUCCUCUCAACCAGGUCCAAGGCGUCGGUAACGCCUCGGUGCCUCGCGACUACUUCUGGGACGCCCCGAUUCCCACCCUCGGCACGACCUUCAGCAACAUUACCGCUAGCGUCAGCCCGAUCGCAAGCACAGACUUCGCGGUUCAGUUCGGCCCGGUCGUCAACCAGCAAUUCAACUCCACCCAGCAGGCACUGCUAUUCCAACAGGUGGCCACUGCACAUGCAAAGGGCAUUGCCGUCCGUUACUGGGACCAGCCUGGCUUCCCAGUCGGUACACGUAAUGCCAUCUGGCGCCAACUGUACAGCGCCGGUGUCGAUCUUUUGAACGUCGAUGACCUCCAGGGAGCGGCCAACUACUGGCAGGGCGACAACUUCGGUGCUUUGGUGUAGAUUGAAGCCAGGACCGUAUCUAGUCCGAUCACCAAGGCUGAUUGUAGAUAGAGAUGGCUAACGAUUGACGGCUCCAUCGCAUAGAAUUUCGCGUUCGAUGCAUUAUAAUCCAACGCACGAUCCUUGUCGCAUCAGUUCCCUUUCACGAAUGCCAAGCUUCAUCUCGGCUGUCUCCGUGUGGCGGGGUCGCCCUGACAAACUGAGACGCGUUCAAUGUCGUGAACUGUGUACUUGUCUUCCAUGACCGUCGCUCUCUCAUUGUCGCCGUGACUUUAUAUGGGGGUGUAGCUGGCUGUG